AUGCCCUGUCAAAGGCAUCCACAAUUUGGGCAGCUCCUUCUUGGUACCAGCGGCCCUCAGGAUUGUGCCCUGACCGGCUCCGCUCUCCUCAAUACCCCGUUCUUCAACAAGGGAGCCGGAUUUACCGCUGAAGAGCGCAAGCACUUCAAGCUCACGGGACUGCUCCCACAGAAUGUUCAAACGUUGGAGCAGCAGUUAAAGAGAGCUUAUGAUCAGUAUUCAAGUCGGAGAGAUGAUUUGGCUAAGAAUACGUUCAUGAUCAGCUUGGCCGCGCAGAAUACAGUGUUGUAUUUCAGGUUGAUCCAAGAACAUCUGAAAGAAAUGUUCUCUAUUAUAUACACACCCACCGAAGGCGACGCAAUCCAGAAUUAUUCGAGACUCUUUCGGCGGCCGGAAGGCUGCUUUCUGAACAUUAACGACGUUGGCCGUGUUCACGAUGACCUUGCACAGUGGGGUGCUCCGGAAGAUAUUGAUUACAUUGUUGUCACUGAUGGGGAGGAGAUCCUUGGAAUUGGAGAUCAAGGGGUGGGAGGGAUUUUAAUCUCGAUUGCCAAGCUUGUCUUAACCACCCUAUGUGCAGGCAUCCAUCCCAAUAGAACUCUGCCCGUUGUGCUUGACUGUGGUACUAAUAACGAAGAUCUUCUCAAUGAUGAUUUAUAUCUUGGGCUAAAGAAACCCCGAAUACGUGGGAAGGAAUAUGAUGAAUUUGUGGACACAUUUAUGCGGUCUGCCCGCAAGUUGUAUCCUCGAGCAUACAUUCAUUUUGAAGACUUCGGAUUACACAAUGCCCGACGCAUCCUCGAUCUCUAUAGGCCAUCAAUGGCAUGCUUCAAUGACGACGUUCAGGGCACUGGAUGCGUUACACUGGCGGCUGUAAUGGCAGGUCUUCACGUCAGCAAUGUCAAACUCGAAGAUAUGCGAAUGGUUAUCUUUGGUGCAGGCACUGCUGGCACCGGAAUUGCAGAUCAGGUGCGAGAUGCCAUUGCAGCUAAUAGCGGAGAAUCCAAGGAAGACGCAGCAAAACACAUUUGGUGUGUCGACAAGCCGGGUCUUUUAUUCAAGAGCCAUAAAGAAAAGCUCACACCGGCUCAAACUUGUUACGCCCGCGAUGACUCCGAAUGGCUAGACACUUCACGUUCUGACCUAUUAUCCGUGAUCAAGGCCGUGAAGCCACACGUCUUGGUAGGAACUUCCACUAAGCCCGGAUCCUUCACUAGAGAAAUAAUAACAGAAAUGGCCUCGCACACGCCCCGGCCGAUUAUCAUGCCCCUCUCUAACCCAACCCGCCUCCACGAAGCUGAUCCAAAAGAUAUAUGUGAGUGGAGUAAAGGUACAGCGCUGAUUGCCACAGGAAGUCCUUUCCCGCCGGUCAAGUAUGACGGCCGCGAGUACGAAGUUGCAGAAUGCAAUAACUCGACUUGUUUUCCAGGAAUUGGACUAGGCUGUGUUCUCUCGCGUGCCAAGUUAUUGAGUGAUAAGAUGCUCGUUGCGGCUGUGAAGGCACUUGCAGCUCAGUCUCCAGCUUUGAAAGAUCCGGACAAGGGGCUAUUACCUGACGUUGUGGAUGUGAGGGAGAUUAGCGUGCAUAUCGCAAAGGCUGUCAUUAGAGAGGCGGUGGUGAGUGGCUUAGCCCGGGAGGAUGGUAUACCCAGUGACGAAGAGACCUUAGAGGCGUGGAUUCGGGAGCAAAUGUGGGAUCCAGUAUACCGUCCUCUAAAGUUGGUUAGCAAGGAAAAGGCGACUAAGUAUGCGAUGGGAGCGCUGGGUCUCGCUGGUGUUUCUUAA